GAGCUCUCUCAGGAAGGCCCAGACUGCUAACACCGUCUUGUUUAAUUUUAGACCUACCUGUACAGUACAGUGCCCUGCGAUGAUAAGUCUGCACCCAGGGGGAAUUGUAUGCCACUAUACCUUUCCUUACACUCGAACAGCUCCAAAUUCACACCAAUGUUUGGACUCUUCUACGAUUGUCCUGAGUAUGAAGAACGCAAAGCGAGCCCAUUUUCACCACCAUCGCUCCUUGCUUCCGAGAUUCGUGCUUUGAUACCAAAGCAUCUAUUUCAGAAGUCUUGCUAUCUUUCAACCUACUAUGUGCUCAGAGACGUCCUCGUUGUCUUGUUGCUCCUUCAUGCUUCAUUCUAUAUCGAUCUAUGUGUCGAACUGCUGGUCACUUCCGAAGUGCUAGGUCGGAGCCUAGGUUAUUUUGUACGGUGUUUACUUUGGACUUCAUACUGGUGGUGGCAAAGCUUAACAUUAGCUGCCUGGUGGUGUUUGGGCCAUGAAGCAGGGCAUGAGUCCCUGUACGUCAAUAAAUCAGCCAAUCAUAUCGUCGGAUUCUGUCUUCAUACCACACUCUUGUCCCCAUUCUUCGCUUUCCGUGCAAGUCACCGAGGACAUCAUCAAGCGACGAAUUCGAUUGAACGAGAUGAGAUCUACGUUCCUCGUACUCGGCAGGAGCUGGGUCUACCCCGGCUCACAAAUGAUCAGGACAUGAGCGUAGCUGAAAUGUUUGAGGAUACGCCAAUAUUCACUUUGGGGAAAUUGCUUGUCAUGCAACUUCUAGGAUGGCACCUUUACCUCUUCCGCAAUGCUGAAGGCUCUACGAGGUACCCCGCUGGAACCAAUCAUUUCAAUCCUUCUUCGCCCCUAUUUAGGCCACGAGAUCGCAGAGCAAUUGCGAUGUCCAACAUUGCACUUGUUGCCAUGUUCAUCGCGUACACCAUGCUAGCCACUUCCGUUGGAAAGUUGAACUUCAUCAGGAUCUUCUUCAUCCCCUAUGUACUCCUCAACCACUGGAUUGUAAUGAUCACAUACCUUCAACACUCGGACCCUACUGUACCUAAGUAUCGUGCAGGUGCAUGGACGUGGGUUCGUGGUGCGAUCGCAACAAUUGACAGACCAUUCUUGGGUGCUGUUGGCCGUGUGCUCUUACACAAUGUUUCGCAUGACCAUGUUGCUCACCAUCUCUUCUCGGAUAUUCCAUUCUACAACUUACCUGAAGUGACCAUACUUCUGAGGCAUCACCUUCAGGACCAGUACAUCUACGAUUCAACAAAUGUCUUUCGGGCGCUUUGGCGUUCAUUCUCUCAGUGUCGUUUCGUCGAGGACGACGGCGACAUUGUCUUCUUCAAGAAUGGUGCCGGAAAGACUCAUCGCAUAUAUGCCGCAGAGUGAUUCUAGCCCGUAGGUCUCCUCGAUUGUUUGCAUAUGCAAGCAUAUCCACAGAAGAUACGACGGAAUCCCAAUCACUCAGCUCUGAUGUCGUACUUGGAAUGUGUCGGAUCGGAAAUGAGCAUCAUCAUACGUAAAGAGUUUAGCCACGUACCAUGAGGCUCGCAAUGACACCAGUACUGAAAUUGAUGACCAUCGUUAUUCACGCAUAGCUCACAAGUAUUAGGGCUCCUCGAGUCUUGAAGUUCAGUCAAGGUUCAAUCCACUGCCCUAAUAAGACGCUCCAUUCCCUGG